AGUGGGCAUUGUUUAGGAAACCAAUGCACGUGAAUAGAAUAGAAUGCUGUCAACAGUUCAUCGACUACCGAAUGGUUCAUCAGUUGACGAAACACUAAAUAUCCCAGAUUGAGAUACAGGGGCCUAUUUUUUUAAAAAUAUGAAACGGUGUGAACGGUUACCACUGUGGCAGUGACCGAUAUUAACCCACCGGGCGGUCAGAGUUAGCUUCUUAAAACCCACAUGAGCGCAGCUAGCACGUGCGCAGCUGACUGGCCUCAGUCAACCGUUUGGGUUACACGCCGUUGUGAUGCUCAUCCGCUCCUCUCUGCUGUGUUCACCGGCUCGUCUCCUCUCGACCUCUCGGUUAGGGUUUCGGGAGCUCGCCGUGCGCAAACGGAUAACGUGUCUCCCCCUGUCCGCCCAACGCCGCCGCGCGUCGGACACUUCAAACUCCUCCAUUGAUCACCCGAGCUCCGGACUUGAGCGGUACAAAGACUUGCAGAAGUACUUCGACCGGAGACUGAGAGCAGCGUACCGCAGGUUCUCCCACGCGCCUGAUCACUCAUCAGUGUGUGGGCAUCACCACGAGUAUUUCGUAGAGCGUGAUGGCAUCUACAGGAUGGAGAUGGACCAAAGACAGGGUCAGCCGAUGCCGGAGCAAGUGCUGAAUUUCAGACACGUCUCUGGACGGGAGGGGAGCGCGGUACUCAAUAAUGGAGAGAGGAUCCAGUGGACUGUCCAGAGAAUACGUCUGUCCCCACAGGAAGAACAUCUGGCUGCAACGCUAAAAGCUACUCACACAGAAGAGCUUAGGUGUGUGGUUGUGAGACUUGGAAGAAGAAAUUCCCCACAUCUGGAUCCCCCGCACGUCGUAUUCACGCUGGAUAAGGUCUUCAGCUUUGAGUGGGCCACGGACGAGGUCCUGUUCUACACAACUGUGGAGGGUCUACGCUGCAGCAGAGUCUCUCGGCUGGACCUGACCGCCAGCGGAUGCAGGAUGACUUCUGUGUAUGAGGAAUCGCAUCCUGAUGUGUUUGUGGAGGUCGCCCUUUCCAGAGACAGGCGGAUACUCAGCAUCAACUGCAGCAGCAGGACCAGCUCAGAGGUGCUGCUGAUUGACACAACGACAUCACAUUUAGAGCCUUCCCUGGUUCAGCCACGCCAGCUGGACCUCCUGUACCACGUGGAGCACUGGAGGAAGGGUCUGAUUAUACUGACUAAUGCAGGGCCCGGACAGGAAUAUCAGGUUGUGCAGGCUCCUCUCUCUGAGCCACACAUGGUCUCCUGGGGCCCUUUGUUCGCCCCCGGCCCUGGCACCGCCAUCAAGGACAUGGAUGUGGUCGGCGACCACUGUGUGUUAGUUGCCAGAACACCGGCCGGGGAGCUCAUCCUGGUCGUGGUCCCACUGACCCGUCCCAAGGAGGCGUACACUGUGCAGCUCCCCUCCUGGGCCUGUGCCGUCCAAACCAAGAAACCAGCGGUGGCAGACCAACGCAGCGUGUUCGAAUUCUUCAUUUCAUCUCCAGUCCACCCACCCGUGCCCUACUGUCUGUACCUUGAGGACGGGCUCCUUUCGUCAGGCACCGGAGAUGGGACCUCCCCAGAGAGCCAGGGCAAUUAUACCCCCGCACACUUAGAGGCCAGCCACCAAGAUGGGACCUUGGUGCCGAUCACACUGUUUCAUUCGAGGCCCGUGGAGCGUUUGCGUCAGACGCCACUGCUGGUCCACGUCUACGGAGCUUACGGCAGGGAUCUCAACAUGGAGUUCAGCCCGGAGAAGAGGCUGCUGCUGGAGCAGGGCUGGAGCCUGGCCUACUGCCACAUCAGGGGUGGAAGCGAGCGCGGCCUGUCCUGGCAACGACAAGCUCGUGUGGAGGGGAAGCCGAGAGGCGUGGAGGACCUCCGAGCCUGCCUCCAUCACCUCUUCUCUUCAGGAGUCUCGUCUCCCUCGCGCGCCGCACUCACGGCCUGCAGUGCCGGUGCCGUGCCAGUGGGGGCGCUGUGCAACAGGCACCCACACAUGAUGCGGGCUGUGGCGCUGCGGGCUCCUUUCCUGGAUGUGUUGGGAACGAUGGAGGAUCCCACCCUGCCUCUAACUUUGGAGGAUAGAGAAGAAUGGGGGGACCCCGUAGGAAACGCACGACACCGACUUGCCAUCUCGUCAUACUGUCCCCUUCAGAACAUUACCCCUCAGUGCUACCCUUCGAUUCUUCUGACGGCAUACGGCGACGAUCCCAGGGUUCCUCUGGCAGGCGUCCUCAGAUACACUGAGCUGUUAAAGAAGGCGCUUCGUACUCACUUCAGCAUGAACCCAGAGUCAGAAAGUGAACCGGCACCAAACGUAGUUCUGAAUGUUCAGCCUGGAGCAAAUCACCACGGCCCGGAUGACUUUGAGUUGAUGCUGGAGGAGGAAGCCCUCACGCUCGCCUUCCUCUACACGGAGCUCGGCCUGGACCCUCCUCCGGCGCCGCGCAGGAGGAAGAGGCCGCACACAUAACGGAAUCUAACCGGCAUCACCUAAACAUCUACCAGUACCAUGGCCCUGUUGUGCCUGAUAACCUAACAACAUGGACAGGGAAUGGAUGUGCAAAGGUUCUCUUUAUUAUAUGACAUAAGCCUCGUACAGAUGAGGCGUGAAAUAACAAUCUUGAUCAUUCGAUUGCUGCUGUUAAAUUUGAAUAAACCGAGUGAAAUUCAUAUCAGCAUUUAUACAGUAAAUCGAUGGCGCUCAGAUAGCAGGCCUUCUCAGAGACGUAGCACUGCUCUGGGUGGCUGGGGUUGUACCGAGUGUUGGUGGU